AACGGGAAGAACGCGCACCCCCUCUUCACCUUCCUGAAAGAGGCGCUGCCCUUCCCGCACGACGACCCCUCCUCGCUGAUGACCAACCCGCAGUACAUCAUCUGGUCCCCGGUCUGCCGCAACGACAUCUCCUGGAACUUCGAGAAGUUCCUCAUCGGCCCCGAUGGUGUGCCCUUCAAACGCUACAGCCGCCAUUUCGAAACCAUCAAGAUCCAGGAUGAUAUUGAAUUGCUUCUGCAGAAGGUUCCCAAGAAUGUUCUGGAAUAA